CUCUCUCAGACUCUAACCGCUGCCUGUCUUUGGAGACACUAACUUUUCACCUUGUUACUCCUCGGAUAUCUUCCUAGUUUUUCCAGUAAACAAAUGGCCCGUCCGUUUUUACCGUUUACUAGACGUUUAGGGUUAGAUAAGGCUGUUAAUUUAAAAAGCAGAUUUCUCUAAAUUGCGGCGCAACUUCAAAGAGAUCGAAGGCGAAGUUGUAGCCAAGAUAAAGGAAUCCCAGACCGACCCUGCUUGCUCCUACUAACGGUCAAAGUCACAAUGUCAGUGAGCAACCACGAAAACCGAAAGUCACGCUCCAGCUCCGGCUCGAUGAACAUCCAGCUCUUCCACAAGACGUCACACGCCGACAGCCUGUUGACGCAGCUGAACCUGCUACGCAAGCGAAGAGUCUUCACCGACGUCGUGUUAAAAGCUGGAAACCGCUCCUUCCCGUGCCACCGCGCCGUCCUGGCCUCCUGUAGUCGCUACUUUGAGGCCAUGUUCAGCGGUGGCCUCAGGGAGAGUCGGGAUGCUGACGUCAACUUCCACGAUUCCCUCCACCCUGAGGUACUGGAGCUCCUGCUCGACUACGCCUAUUCGGCUCGGGUCAUCAUCAAUGAGGAGAACGCAGAGUCCCUGCUUGAAGCUGGGGACAUGCUUCAGUUCCACGACAUCCGUGACGCAGCGGCGGAAUUCCUAGAAAAGAACCUCCAUCCUUCUAAUUGUCUCGGGAUGAUGCUGCUGUCGGACGCGCACCAAUGUCAGAGGCUGUACGAGCUGUCAUGGAGGAUGUGUUUGGCCAACUUUGCUACCCUCUUCAAAACAGAGGACUUUCUUAGCUUGCCAAAAGAUAAAGUCCAGGAACUGAUCCUCAGCGAAGAACUAGAGGUGGAAGAUGAGAGUCUGGUGUACGAUGCUGUCAUAGACUGGGUGAAGGCAGAUAUGGAGCAGCGGCACAGCGAGUUGCCCGAUCUGCUGCGCUGCGUGCGCUUAGCUCUGCUGCCGGAGUCCUACCUGCUGAAGAAUGUCGCCUCGGAGGAGCUGGUCAUGUGCCACAAGGUGGGGCGGGAGAUCGUAGAAGACGCAGUACGGUGCAAGAUGAGGAUUCUCCAGAACGACGGCAUUGUAACAGGGUUCUGUGCGCGCCCCAGAAAAGUCAGCCAGGCCUUGCUGCUUCUUGGGGGACAGACUUUCAUGUGUGAUAAAGUCUACAUGAUUGACAAUAAGACGAAGGAGAUCACACCCAAAACGGAUAUCCCAAGUCCCAGGAAAGAGUGCAGUGCUUGUGCCAUUGGUUGUAAGGUUUAUGUUACCGGAGGCCGUGGCUCUGAAAAUGGAGCCUCCAAAGAUGUCUGGGUGUAUGACACAUUGCAUGACGAGUGGUCUAAAGCGGCGGCGAUGCUGGUAGCCAGAUUUGGGCAUGGCUCUGCAGAGCUUGACCACAUGCUGUACGUGGUGGGGGGGCACACGUCUCUGGCGGGAUCGUUUCCUGCGUCUCCGUCUGUGUCUCUGAAACAAGUUGAACAGUAUGACCCGCAGAACAACAAAUGGACCCUAGUGGCCCCGCUGAGGGAAGGUGUGAGCAACGCCGCCGUUGUCGGCGCCAAAAACAAACUCUUUGCUUUUGGAGGGACCAGCGUAAACAGAGACAAAUACCCCAAGGUGCAGUGCUUUGACCCCUGCCAGAACCGGUGGUCGGUGCCGGCAGCUUGCCCACAGCUGUGGCGAUACACGGCGGCGGCUGUCGUCGGCAACCAUGUCGUCGUAAUUGGAGGCGACACAGAGUUCUCCGCAAGCUCUGCGUACCGUUUCAACAGCGAGACGUAUCAGUGGACAAAGUUUGGUGAUGUCACAGCCAAGCGAAUCAGCUGCCAUGCCGUGGCAUCGGGGAACAGGCUGUAUGUGGUUGGAGGGUACUUUGGGGCUCAGAGGUGUAAGACGUUAGACUGUUAUGACCCGUCAUCAGACUCCUGGGACAGCGUGACCAGCGUGCCGUACUCUCUCAUUCCUACUGCCUUCGUCAGCACGUGGAAGUACCUGCCCUCUUAGACCCGCAGUCUCUACAAGGUUCCUGGAUGAGCUGUGAUGUCUGGUAUGCAGGCAUAUGUCUCUCUGCUGGCUCCACGGAGGAGGAAGAAGAAGGGGUUUGUGUCGUAUCGUCGGGGCUCCGUCCUCUCUGAUGAGUCUGCGGAGGAGCAAAGGCCUGGAAGCAGCCCAGAGACUGAAAGUCUGGUCCCACCCAUCCUCAGCCCCCACCACCUGAUCUGUUUACUCGGACUGUGUAACUUUCUCAUGGAAGCAGCCUGCAGUUUAAGCGGGAGUUGUUGCCAUGCUUACUGCAGGGGGGCCUCGCAGUCAUCUCUGCUUCUUCUCUCUCCUCCUGGAACAAAUAAGCUACUGUGACCGGAUCAGACCUGUACUGGUCCUUUUUCCAGUUUUAUUCCCUUUUCGCCUGACGCGUUUACUCAGGUGUAUUAUUUUCCUGCUCGCAGGCUGAAUUAGACGUGUGAUCAGCCAGCUGUGCGGCAAAGGAAGCAAGUUGUUUGUGAAGCUGUAUUAUUUUGUG